GUUCUAAAUGGGGCUGACUUUAAACAGUACUUAAAAACUGCAACACGUAUAAAAUUCUGUGGUUCAUAUUCAAAACAUGAAUUUAUUACACAUCUACUAUGGGCUACCAAUAGGCUUCCAGGGCUGAGAGAAAAUGAUUGGCUCAAGAUCACCCAGCUGGCUUUGUGUCUAAGGAAGAACUACAACUCACAUCUCCAAGUUUCCAGCUUGUUACCUUAAUCACUACACCAAACUGAUUCGCUAUUUAUUCUUUGGUAAAAGUAAUAGAUUCUGAGUUUGUUAAAGAGCGCCACUAAAAAAAAUAGCAUUGGUUGAGGACUUAUUUCCUGGAUUCUCGCUUGACAUCACUAGGCUCCCUAUCCUACCUAUGCUAUUUUUCUUAGAUUUGUUUGAUUAAAAAGUAAAUGGAAAAUUGGCAUGCUGCAGCAUAAAUACCAACAUCAAGUAUAACCUAUAUGUCCACCAAUAUCUCUAGGCCCACGUAGGUCCCAGAGGCAUUCAUAAAAAAUAAAAUGAUGAGUGGCUGAAGCCUUGUGCUUUGGAUCUGUCAUAUGGAUGUUUUGAAUGGACACAACUGGUAAUCAUUUGUAGUCAUGUCCUCCCUGGCCUAUACAGAUUGGGAAUCUGAUCUAAUCUAUUCCAGGGAUGAGAUUUGGCCUAUCAUAUGUGCAUACUUAAUGCUUAUGCUGAGUUUUCAUAUGCGUCCUUCCAAUAAUCCUGCAACAUAAGAUAGACUUACUGUGCCACAAUUGAUUAUGGGACUCCCAAGACAUAUGUACCUCUCCUGAUCUAGGCCCCAAGAACAGAUUCCAGUCUUGAUACCACUGAAAUUGCCUCUGCUGCAGAAGAUGAACUGCCAGAUUCUAAUAUUUGUUUCUGCUGCAAAAGGAUGUUUUGUAUACAUCAAGCAAAAGUAGAUCAUAGUGAACAUGAAAAUGAAGAGAUUGCAGUGCCUCGGUGCCAUUUUUUAAUCCCACUAAGGCUGCUUCCCUUUAUCCUUGCCUUAUUUCUCACUUUAAUCAUAGCAACUGCCAUUGCCUUGAGUGUUUAUUUCAACUGCAAUGGGAGGUUUCAGUGCAGAUCUUCCUUUAAAUGUAUUGAUCAAACAGCAAGGUGUGAUGGUGUCUUCAAUUGCAAAGAUGGAGAAGAUGAAUACAGAUGUGUCAGAUUGAGCGGUAAAAGAGCUGUGCUGCAGGUGUUCAGUUUUGGAAUCUGGCGGACUGUGUGUUCCGAUGGCUGGAAAGACAACUAUGGGAAUGUUUCAUGUAAAUACUUAGGAUUUUCAAGUUUUGUAAGUUCAUCUGGCUUCCCAGUGGCUGCCAUUGAGAAUGAAUUCCAGAAAUAUUUUGUUACUGCAAAUCAUUGGUUAUCAGCUGAUCAGCUAACAUCACCACAGAAUGCUACCAAUUUACGAGAAGAAUGUAUUUCAGGCAAUGUAAUUGUCUUAAAAUGUUCGGCAUGUGGUACUAGGAGCUGGUACUCCCCACGUAUUGUCGGCGGAAAUGUGUCCCUGCUCCAGCAAUGGCCAUGGCAAGCCAGCCUUCAGUUUCAAGGAUAUCAUUUGUGUGGGGGGUCAAUCAUCACCCCACAGUGGAUUGUUACAGCAGCUCACUGUGUUUAUGAUUUGUACUUACCAGGAGCGUGGAGUGUUCAUGUGGGUUUAGUAAUCCUGGAAGAAAGUCCUAUUAAUCCAUACUUAGUGGACAAAAUUAUAUACCAUAAAAAGUAUAAGCCUAAAACAAUGAAGAAUGAUAUAGCGUUGAUUAAGCUGGCUACUCCACUUGCACUAAAUGGUCUUAUAGAACCAAUUUGCCUUCCUAAUUUUGGAGAACAUUUUCAAGAAGGAAAAAUGUGUUGGAUAUUAGGAUGGGGAGCGACAGAAGAAGGAGGAGAUACUUCAGAAACAAUGAAAUACGCUGGUGUCCCUUUAAUUUCUAACAAAGUAUGCAAUCAUGGAGAGGUUUAUGGAGGAAUUGUGGCUUCAUCAAUGCUCUGUGCAGGUUAUUUAAAAGGAGGCAUAGAUACCUGUCAGGGAGACAGUGGGGGGCCACUGGCAUGCAAAGACAUGAAUACUUGGAAGUUGGUAGGAACAACCAGCUUUGGGGUGGGCUGUGCAGAAGAAAACAAACCUGGAGUCUACAGCCGCAUCACCUCAUUUCUGGAUUGGAUACAUGAACAAAUGGAGAGAGAAGAGUGGAAGGGAGACGGUUAGCAUCUUCAUCAUCAUCAUCAUCAUCAUCAUCAUCAUCAUCAUCAUCAUCAUGCAUUCAUCUAAAUGCUCUACAAUUCAUUUUCAGCUUUUUUUGUACUUUUGUACAAAGGUGCUGCAAUUUUUAAGUUUAAUCCAUCUAUCAUGUCCUUCACUAGGGCUGGUUUAACACUAUCAACAUCUGCCUAUCCCAGGUCCUUUAGAAAGACUUGCUAAGUGGAUAAAAAUGCCAAACCCAAUCAAACAUCUGGGUGACUGUGCAACCAACCUUAAUUAGAGAACACAGAUUAUGUGGUCCCUGCUAGCCAACCCCAAAGCCAAACUGUGUUCAGAUCAGUUGUUUAUUACACAGUUGGACAGAUGUCCAGACUGGAUUUGCCAUUUUUAUCUACCUAUUGAGUCCUUCCCAAGGACUUGGGAUAAAUAGAUGUUUGAUGGUGUUUAAAAAUACUGCAGCAACAUAUAAGCUGCCUUUUGCAAUUGACUAAUGGUGAAUUUGUCAAUGACGAUGGUAUUCAAGUGAUGCUCCAGUUGUUUUGGGAUUGCACCUAAGUUAUCUAUGACUAUGGGUACUAUUUUGCUUUCUUUUGCCACAGUCAUUCUAUUUUUAUUUGCAGGACUUUAUAUUUUAUUAUCUUCUUUCUCUUUUCUUCUACUUCUCCAGGUAUUGCCAUGUCCACUAUCCAGACUUUUUUGUCUUUCUUAUCAACAGUUGUUAAGUCUGGGUUGUUAAGUGUCAGAUGCCUAUCUGUUUGAAUUCUAAAGUCCCAAAGCACUUUUACUUCUUCAUUUUUUAUUACUUUUUAUAUUUUGUAGUCCCACCAGGUCUUACCUGCAGGCAAAUGGUAUUUCUUGCAGAUAUUCCAAUGCACCAUUAUUGCUACUUUAUUGCAUCUUUGCAAUCAGUCUGUGUCUUCCAUUGUACCAUUGAUUUUUGCACAAACUUCUGAUAUUUCUUACUGUUAUUUGUAAGCACUUGAUUAUUCAAUCAUGUAGCAGAGAGUUGAAUGCCUUCUUGUAAUCACUCCACACUAUAUACAAGUUGAUCUCCCUCUUCUUGCAGUUUUUCACAAUCAUCUUGUCAAUUAGUUGUUCUUUUGUUUCUCUGCUAUUUAGGUACUUUCCUUUCUGCUCAGGUGGAGAAAGCUUGUUUUCCACUAGAUGUUGUUGGACUAUAUCAGCUAUUACACUAGUUAGCAAUUUGAAAGUUGUUUGCAAGCAAGUAAUUAGCCUGUACAGUAGUUGCCUGGUGCUACCCCUUUCGUUGGAUCUGUCAUUAUCAGGUACAUUUUGCCAGAUGUUAGCCACUCUUCAAUUUCACUUCCUUGCAGUACAUUUUUAAAUUGCUUGGCAAAAAGUAAGUGUAGAGCUGUCAGAUGCUUCAACCAAAAAUCAUGCAGUUCAUCUUCACCCGGUGCUGAUCAAUUCUUGGUUUUCCUUGCCUUUUUCUACAUCAUUUCUGCUGUUAUUACAAGUUCUUUUAUUUCUUCUUUAUUCUUAUCCACCUCCUUUAGCCAAGUUGCAUUCUUGUUGUAUUUCUUUGGGUUAUUCCAUAUUUGUGCUUGUUGAGUUAUUCACUGCAGUUUCUCCAUUGAUGGAUUGCUAGAAAUGUUUCUGAUUAGAUUGAAAUUGGAGAUUCUGCCUAUAAUUUGCAAUUCAAGCUUUGUAUCUGCUGAUCCUCUUGGCUAUAGCUCUUAUUUGCAAUUUUAUUAUUAUUUUAUUAUUUUCCUCAUUUCUAAGUAGUAUUUUUUGAUUGGGUAUUUUUUGGUCUUCUUGUUCUUCAACUUUUUUUUAUUUCAUAUGUUCUAGCUUGCUUUCAUUUGAUCUCAGCUUGCUGAUCUUAUUUUCUAGCCUAAUCUUCCAUUUUGGGUGUGUAUCCCAGAUAUUCAGUUGUAACUGCAGCUGUACUAUAAAUUAGUUGGUUUGUUUCAUGUCGCAACUGGUGCUUAGAUUUGAUAUUACAAUAUUGGCAUCUUUUAAUGCUUGGGCUAGCUAUUUCUUUGGAACAAGCUUCAAUUUAAGCAACCUUAUUCUAUUGUUUUUGUACUGUUCUAAAUAUUCAGUUGUACUUUCUUUCAAUUUUUCUACUUCUUUAGUGAUAGAGCUUUGUUCUUUGUGAAGAAAGGGAGACAGUGCCUGGUUUUUAAUGAAAACAAUUCUAUAUCUGUGCUGGCUUCCGCUACUACCAACUCCCUCUGGUUUGCCUCUACAGUCUGAGGUACUUAUAGCAAGGCUUUGAUUUCUUUGCCCUGUUCAGACUUUUGUAGGUCUUCCAAUGCUGCUUCUAUGGAUACUUUAUUUUGUAUUAUAAAUCAUUGAUCUGCUAGCCUUUGUUCUGUUAUUUCUGAUUCUGGAUGUUGUUUUUCCGGACUUGGUGCAUUCAUUUCAAAUAUUCUCUUCUUGUUGGACUUAAUAACAGAUCAUUGUUUCUUUGUUUUCUAUCACUGCAUAUUUGCGAUGAGUAAACACCUUUCCCUCCAGUAGUUCUGCAACUGCUGGCCUUGGUUGCUCAGCCAACAGUCCUAAGUCUGAUAGCCUGUUUUUCACCAAAUGCCCAGGAACUCCAACAACUAGCAUGGUCGUUGUUGACCUGGGCCAUGACCAAGCCAAUAUGAGUUUCAGUAAUUUACAUCUCACCAUAUUUUUUUAUGGGAAAGACACUCUUUGUCUGACUCCUCUGAUGAGAUGUGUCCAGUAUGGUUGAACCUCUGGUUUAGAUCUUAUCUUCCUCAGAGUACACAAGCUCUGCAACCAUGUCAAGACAGUGCCUCAGUGGGUAUCAGGGUAGCCCAUAAUUGGUCAGAGAACAGAAAUUGUGUGGUCCCUGGUAGGAAGCACCAGAGUCAAGUUGAGUUCAAAUCAGUAUUAUUAUAUGGUUGUUGCACAGUCAGAGAGAUGUUCAGACUGGGAUUUGGCAUUUUUGUUUACAAAUCAACUCAUUUCCAAGGACCUGGGAUAAGCAGAUAUGGAUGUUUGAUGGUGUAAACCACCCAGUGGGGUACUGUGGUUGCUAGUAGAUUUGAAGUUGUUAUUCCGAAUGUUGAUCCAGUGAUUUAGCUAUUACAUCACAGUGAAAUGCAUUUAAUUAAUUAAAAUCUGCAUUCAAGGCAAAGUAGAGAAAGCUGCAAAAUGAAAUUUUGGUGAGAAAAAGCAAAUAAUCCUUUAAAAACAGCUCACAAAGAGAAAGUUUAUUCUGUCCUACAAUAGGGAAUCUGAAGUAAACCUCUCCUGGGAAAGGAAAUAUCAAUCUUUGGGAUGAUCUCACCUUCUGGUCCUCAAUAUUGACUAGAUCCUCAGUAGUCCUGAUUCUGGUUGUUGUUACUAAAUGCUAGUUUGGUGUAUAAUAGGGCUGGCCUCAUCCAUGAACUGAUAGUGGAUGAGGCAACUAAUCUGGCAUGUAUAACCAGGUUGGAUCCAGCAGGGGAUGUUUCCAUCUUUGAAAUAUACCUACCUGGGAUUUGAGUCUGAAAUCAAUUGCAGUCCUAUACCAGGGAGGGUGGGACUGUGUUAUGAGAAGGUGAUCUAAUGAUUUUUAGGGACACUGUGCCAUAUAUUAGCCAAAUGUAAAGUUUCAUGAUUGAAGUCGGGCCCUAGAAAGCAGUUGGAUUUGUUGCUGCUAUACCAGCCUUCUUAUCUGAGCUGUCUUACUCUGUUGUGGAGUUAGUAAUAGUAAUAGUAGUAAAGUUGGAAGGGACCUUGGAGGUCAUCUAGUCCAACCCCCUGCUCGGGCAGGAAACCCUACACCAUUUCGGACAAAUGGCUGUCCAGUCUCUU